GUUUUCAAUACAUGUCCAUAUACAUGUAUGUGUGUGUAAUAUAGAGCUUAACGACAAGGACAGUUUAAACAAUAAACAGAAGUACUUUCUACAUAAAGCAAGCAUUGAUGGUUUUUAUCAAAAGUAUAUGAGAAGUAAAAUGAUGGACUAAGCAAGGAGAAUAUUUCAUUAUAAGUUUUGGAUUUCAUGUUUCAGAAACAUGGCAUCAACACUCAACAAAUGCUUUGUCAUCGCUAUGGUGAUGUACACAACAAUUAUGACACAAUGUCAAUCUGGAAAGAUACUUCUCUUGCCGUCUGAUCAUCUUAGUUUCGUAAACAUGUUUAAAAAUCUUGCAGAGAUACUACGUACAGAGGGACAUGGCGUUACUAUGGUAACAAGAGCACAAUACAAGGAUCAUGUAUCCAUUCCAGGAUUGGAGCUGUUGCUUUAUGACUCUCCUGCAUUUGCUAAGAUAAGAACUCAAAGAGAACACAUGGCAAAAAUCGUCAAAGAAGACCGAAUGUUCAAACAAAUAACCUUAUUUGGAGAAAUUCAGAAAGUUGCUGAUUUAGCUAUUGAGGAUGUACAAGUGAUUUUCAGCGACAGUGACAUCAUGAAUAAGCUAAAGACUGCUAAUUUUGAUCUUGUGAUUGUUGAUGGUUCAUUGGUUAACAGAUAUUCAUACAUCAUUCCAUAUUACUUAAAUGUGAAGUAUAUGACACUGGCAGGAAUUUGUACCGACCCUUGGAAUUAUGGGAUGCCAGUCCUACCCUCCAUUGAGCCAUAUCUGAUGACGGCAUUUUCAAAUAAAAUGACAUUCAAGCAACGAUGUGGGAAUUUGUUCAAAACUCUAUUAUCUUCUAUCGUCCAGCCAAGUCAUGACAACACUAUUGUUAAAGAACUUGCUCCUGACAAACCAAUGAAAUCACUGAAAAUGCUUUAUGCUGAUGCAGAAAUGUACAUGGUUACCAUAGAAACAACAGUUGUGGAUUACCCAAGGAUUUCAAUGCCAUCAUUCCGUUACGUUUAUGGACUAGGAAUCAAAGACCCUAAACCUUUAUCUAGUGAUCUCGAGACCUUAAUGCAACAGUCAAAUGGUGUCAUUAUCAUGACGUUUGGAUCAGCAGCGGGUGUUGGCCUGACCAAUCAACAGCUUGAGAAAUUCUUUGCAGCUUUCAGAAAAGUCAGGCUAACAGUUCUCAUGCGCCAUGUUGCAGAGAUUCCACCUGAUAUAAUCAAACCAGAAAAUGUCCAUAUAAGGCCAUGGAUCCCUCAAAAUGAUAUCCUGGGUCAUCCCAAGACCAAACUUUUUAUUACACAUGGUGGAGGCACAGGCCAGAUGGAGGCGGUCUACCAUGCAGUCCCCAUGUUAACUUUCCCCAUGGGCAUGGAUCAAACUUUCAAUGCACUUAGGGUCAAAGAAAAAGGCUACUCUGAAACUAUGGAUAUUGCCACCUUCACAUCUGAAGAGCUCCAACAAACCAUUGAAAAAAUCACCGGAAAUACAAGCUACAAGAAUUCAAUCAAAAGAGCUUCGGAAAUUCUCCAUGAUUAUCCAUCACCUCAGAAAGAAAUUGCAUUCUGGGUAAAUCAUGUGAUGAAGUUCGGUGGUGCACAUUUGAGAUCACAGAAUCACGAGUUGGCAUUCUAUGAACUGUACAUGCUUGAUGUCUUAAUUGUUACUGGGCUUGUGAUUAAGAUAAUGGUGUGGAUUUUGUGUUGUGGCUGUCUAAAAUGUUGUGGGUGGAGGAUGUGUGUACGUGAUAAGCAGAAACAACAUAGAAAACUGGACUGAAUUCUCUUUCAUUAAAAACACUGUGACUUUAAAUAUAUUUCAUUUCCAUGAACUCAACUGGGAUACAAAAUUCAUAUUUAAUACACUCUGACAUUACCAUACAUGUAAGUAUGUAUGUAUAACAUACUUUGGCCUAAAAACAUCACUUUCUAUAGAAAACCAUUUAAAAAACUAUAUGCCAAAUAACAUGAAUAAAACCACUGUUCAAUGAUUUUCAUAAAAAACAGAAAAUAUUGUGCCAUCGGCAGGUGCCUUGUGAAAUACAGACAGCAAGACGUUGUGUA